AUGCAGGGCUGGUUCAGACUGCAGAGUGACGUGCAGGGCUGCGAACGAGAGCGGACAGUGGUGAGAUGCACAGGAGAAGAUGACAUGGGCCGCUUUGUGUCCCUGACCCAGGCAGACCUGCAGGUCAACCACAAGGCUCAGGGUGGCUUCACGCCCUGUCCUGAGGUGCUCAGGCUCUGGACCUGGCAGCGAGCGUUCGCUGACGCCCAGGACGAGGCCUCCAGCACGGCGCUGGAGCUGUGGGCUCAGGAUCUGAACAAGGUCCGGGAGCGCAUGACGAAGUUCAUCGACGACACCAUGCGGGAGACCGCCGAGCCCUUCCUGUUUGUGGACGAGGCUGCUGCGUUUCUCAUGCUGGACUGCUGGGACGGGCCUGACGGAAAGCUGAUCAUCUACCAUGGCUGGACGCGGACCACCAAGACCAAGUUCGACGAGGUGGUGCAGGCCAUCAGAGACCACGCCUUCGUCACCUCGAGCUUCCCUGUGAUCCUGUCCAUCGAGGAGCACUGCAGCGUGGAGCAGCAGCGGCACAUGGCCAGGGUGUUCAAGGAGGUGCUGGGCGACCUGCUGCUGACCAGGCCGAGGGUGGCCGGUAGAUGCUGCGGCAAUCCGGGCUGGGACUGCGUCUUCAGUGAUGCUGGAGUAAUGACAGUGAUUUGUGGUUUGAUCAUGGUGGUGCAUAAGAAGCUGGGCCCCCGAGGUGACGUGGAUGUGAACAUGGAGGACAAGAAAGACGAGCACAAGCAGCAGGGGGAGCUGUACAUGUGGGACUCCAUCGACCAGGUGGGGAGUCGCAGGACUCCAGGAGGCCCCCACAGCAGUCGCUGUCCAGGGAAGGUGGCAGGCAGGGGAGGCGGCGGAGCUCUCAGAGCCCCCUUGGUCGUCAUGACCCAGGACCUCCCACCCAUGGAGCUGCACUUGGGGGAGAAAUGGUUCCACAAAAAGAUGGAGAAGAGGACGAGUGCGGAGAGGCUGCUGCAGGAGUACUGUGCCGAGGCGGGUGCCAAGGACGGCACCUUCCUGGUGCGGGAGAGCGAGAGCCACCCAAACGCCUACACCCUGUCCUUCUGGCGGUCGGGCCGCGUGCAGCACUGCCUGAUCCGCUCCGCUGUGGAGAAUGGGGCCAUGAAGUACUACCUGACCGACAACCUCAAGUUCAGCAGCAUCUACGACCUCAUCCAGCACUACCGCGAGUCACACCUGCGCUGUGCCGAGUUUGAGCUGCGGCUCACCGACCCUGUGCCCAACCCCAACCCGCAUGAGUCCAAGCCGUGGUACUAUGACGGGCUGAGCCGCGGGGAGGCGGAGGACAUGCUGAUGCGGAUUCCUCGAGAUGGAGCCUUCCUCAUCCGGAAGCGCGAAAGGAAGCAGGACGGGCUGGAGGACUCCUACGCCAUCACCUUCAGCGAGAAAUGCAUCCUUGAUGAGCUGCGUGUGGAGGGCAUUUGCCAGCAGCGAGAACGUCUAUUGGAAGUGAGGAAUGUGUGGAUUAUUGAAGAUAACCCCCUACGGUCUCUCUGCAGAGGAAUAUUGGACCUCAACACCUACAACAUUUUGAAAGCUCCACAGGAGAAACAGCCCCUACCUUUUGUGUUCUUCCUGGAGCCCAAGAAGCAGGGCGACCCUCCAGUGGAGUUCACCACUGACAGAGAGGAAGAGCUCUUUGGGUGGUUCCACAGCAUCCGGGAGAUCACCACCAAGAUAAGCGCUGGGUUCCCACAGGAGAACAACAUGAAGUACUGGGAGAAGAACCAGUCGAUCGCCAUUGAGCUCUCCGACCUGGUUGUCUACUGCAAACCAACCAGCAAAACCAAGGACAACUUAGGGAACCGUGCCCCGGGAACGUGCCCCAGGUGCGACAAGUACAUGCAGAUGAACCACGCAUUGUUUUCACUCAAUGGGCGGACGGGCUACGUCCUGCAGCCAGAGGUCAUGAGGACGGGGAAGUACGACCCAAUGCCACCGGAGUCACAACACAAGAUCCAGAUGACUCUCACCAUCAAGGUAGAGGUCACCUGCUCCCCGCGGCUGGGCCCCACACGCUGCCCUGGCAGCGACACUGCCUUGGGGUCAACACCGUGA